GGUGUUGCUUCCCAGCAGCAUGUAGCCACGUUAGCCCUAUCACUAACCUGGAGCUGUCCAGCGUUCACAACUCACCGGCGUACGUAAACAGGCAGUGAAGACCUGUUUUACUUUCUUUACUACGAGACAAAACCGCCUGUAAAUUUGUGAAAACACCGAUGGAAGUUAUCAGUGGUGAUGUGCAGUCUAAUGGGCUACAUUGACCACCAAGGAGCUACCUGGCAGCCCGGUCUAUGAACUGACAGCUGUCACCUAGCUGCUUAGCUCGGAGGCUAGCUAGGUGAGCUAACGGCUAACAGGGGAUUUUUUUCCAGUCUCAGCAAAGGCUAAUUUAGGCUACUACUGUCGAUUCAGACAGAUAAACUAUGACUUCUUUGGACAAUUGGCUUGCCCCUGUUGGUCAAACUAUGAGUUAGCUGAGAAACUACGGUUUGGUAGUAUUUAUAGCUAGUUCAGCUAUUUUUUGGUUUGUAUUUCUUUUUGGCUGCUUUCAUUCAGUUAUUUAAGCAGCUAUUGCUGAAGAAAGGACACCGGGUUCCUCGGUGGACAGAGGGGCUGCAGCCUUCGUUUCGACACCGAAAAUUUUUUUUGGACUUGGGCCUACUUUGGAUAGCAUCUUGGUGUAAUGAAGAAAUUUUUUGACUCUCGUCGGGACUUUGCGGGCUCUGGGCCUGGUUCUGGAGCCGGUGGAGGGGGUACUGGUUCCGGUGGCGGCGGGAGCUUCAUUGGCCGAGUCUUCAGCAUCGGAAGAUAUCAAGUGACUGUCGAGGAAAUUGUUGCCGAAGGAGGUUUUGCAAUUGUGUUUCUAGUGCGAACUCAUCAAGGGCAGCGCUGUGCACUAAAGAGAAUGUAUGUCAACAAUGAACAUGAUCUGCAAAUCUGCAAGCUUGAGAUACAAAUCAUGAGGGACUUAGUAGGCAACAAAAACAUAGUUGGCUUCCUGGACUCAAGCAUAGCUGCUGUGGGAGCCGGUGAUGUGUGGGAAGUCUUAAUCUUAAUGGACUUCUGCCGAGGUGGGCAGGUGGUAAACCAGAUGAACCAGCGAUUACAGACGGGCUUCAGUGAAGCUGAGGUGCUGAGGAUCUUUUGUGACACGUGUGAGGCAGUUGCUCGGCUUCAUCAGUGCAAACCUUCCAUCAUCCAUCGAGAUCUAAAGGUGGAAAAUAUUCUUCUACAUGAUCAGGGGCACUAUGUGCUCUGUGAUUUUGGAAGCGCCACAAAUUAUUUUCAAAACCCACAGACUGAAGGCGUUGCAGUUGUAGAAGAGGAAAUUAAAAAAUACACAACCCUGUCAUACCGCGCUCCUGAGAUGGUUAACCUUUAUGGGGGAAAAGUCAUCACAACAAAAGCAGAUAUAUGGGCUUUAGGCUGUCUUCUCUAUAAGCUUUGCUUCUUUACCCUUCCUUUUGGUGAGAGCCAAGUGGCCAUCUGUGACGGUAGCUUCACCAUCCCAGACAAUUCUCGUUACUCCCAGGAAAUGCAUUGCCUCAUCAGAUACAUGCUGGAACCUGACCCUGACAAGAGACCAGAUAUUUACCAAGUGUCCUACUUUGCCUUUAAACUUGCCCGACAGGAGUGUCCCGUACCAAAUCUGCACAAUUCACCUAUUCCUUUAAAACUUCCGGAGCCUAUACGAGCCAGUGAAGCAGUGGCCAAAAAGAGUCAAACCAAAGCUCGGCUAACAGACCCAGUUCCAACUACAGAAACCUCAAUUGCACCUCGACAGCGACCCAAAGCUGGUCAGGCACAGUCACAGCCUAUAUCAGUCAUUCUUCCCAUCCAACCAGCUCUCACCCCACGCAAGAGGCCUAACGUGACCACAGGGACCCCACCAGCUUUUGCGGCUGGUAUCAAUGCCCCAGCUGCAGCUGCUGUCCAACCUGCUCAACAGGCUCCAACUGUACAGGGUGCACCUCAUCUAGUGCAGACAAGCAACAAGCAUGUGCAGCCUACAACACAUCAGCAACUCCUCAUGAAGACACAGCAAGCCUCUCCCUUCCUAACAAGUCACGGUAACCAGCAGAACCUGCACCAACAUCAAACACCCUCCCAUCCAUCUACUCUACUGCAGUCCAAAGCUAAACCUGUUCCCUCAGUUUCCACCAUGCAACUCCAACAGCAACAAGUAGUCCAUGAAACAGCAGCAUCUCAUCUUGCAGCCAUCCCUGAGUCUGCAGUCCUUGCUCCAACAGAUGUGCCUUCAGGCAGAGAUAUCCACAAAGCAGGCUCUUUGACACCCCCUUCAUCACCAAAGAUUGCCCCUAAAAGUGGCCACAGACGGAUCCUGAGCGACGUCACCCACAGUGCCAUCUUUGGGGUCCCAGUUAGCAAAUCUACCCAGCUGCUUCAGGCAGCCGCAGCUGAGGCCAGCCUCAACAAGUCCAAAUCAGCCAGCACCACUCCUUCAGGCUCCCCCUGUUCGUCCCAGCAGAAUGUGUAUCAUCCAGGUGCUCCUGACGCUGCACCAAAUCCUCAGCCCGGCUGGAACCCCUUUGGAGAUGAUAAUUUCUCCAAGCUAACUGCGGAGGAGCUACUCAACAAAGACUUUGCAAAGCUAUCAGAGUCUGCUCAGCCAGGAGAAAUAGACCUCACUUCCAGUGAUGGUCUCAUUCCAGAGCUUGGUGCUUUUCCAGAUUCUUUCUCUGGGGAAACUUCUCUGCUGGGUUGUGAUUUAUUAACUCAUCCUUCUGGUGGCAGCCAGCUUAUUUCUGCACUCCCUUCCUCCUCUGGCCCUCCUGGCUGUGGCUCCAGAUCCUGUCUGGAGGAGCUGCAACCCAGUCAGGCUGCCGACUCUUCUUUCCUCUUGUCUGGUGUGAAAAAGGGCAGUGAUGAUGAGUUUGACCCCAUUCCUGUGAUCAUUCCAAAAAAUUCAAACCAAGAAGUGGAAGGGGAGAGUAAUGGCUACACUGUGCUGGAAGAGGGUCAAGAGACUGAAGACAUUGAAGAGAAUGAUCUCAACAAAGAAGACUAUGAGCAUUCUAGCGAUGAAGAUGUGGAGAAUGCUGCAGGUAAAGAGGAGGAGGGCACAGCAGGCGAGGGUCAUGUUGCUGCUCAGGACUGCAGUGGCUCUAGGCCAUUGCUGAUGGACUCUGAUGAUGAAGAAGAACAUGGACCUCUGGUAGCUCCAUAUUCAGCCCUGCCCCCCAAUACCACACCAGUACAACCACCCGCUACCUUCCCUCAGUCCACAUCAAGCACCUUUGCUCAUAAUAAUUCCUGGGAUGUACCAGAGAGCGGUGUCACUCCAGAUGUCUUUUCCAAAGCCCCUUUUCCAACUUCCCAGGAGGAUUCAGCCGAUGUUUUUGCCAAUGCGCCUUUUCCACGCGCUCCUCUCGUAGCACCGCAGCAGCUGGAUGUGUUCUCACAGGCUCCCUUCGGAAAAAGAAAGGAGUUCUCAGCUACACCGCCGAAGACCUCAUACCCCCAACCAGCUGGAGGCCAGGCUUUGACCUCUGAUCAGGGAGUGCUGGGACAGGUUGCUCAACAACCGUUCCGCCCUCAAGCUCUGACCAAAUAUUCCCGCCACUUUGAAGGACCUGGUCCCGAGCGGCCGGGAGCAGCUCCCAAUGUGAGCAGACAAGCAGUCGAACCGCUUCAGUCAUGGACGUCAGAAAUUAACACUGUAGACCCGUUUGUGUCUGCACCCUUUCACCUGAAGGCACCGCAAGACAAGCCCUGAACACACGCACAGAGCUUAUCGGCAAUUUUCACCCAUGAAAUAUGCAAACUGCAAUAGGCUUCCUGCAUGCUGUCACCAGCGCUGCAGCUGGACUGCAGGCCUCCAUCACAUCUCGUUCUCAACCUUCCUACAUUAGAUCAGGCAGGGCAGGUUUUCCUUCCCAACUCUUAGGUUCUUUUUACUCUUGGCAUGCACAGAGACAAUGUUGGGGUUAACCAUUUGAAUCCUUUCCUGACUACCUCAGUUACUUACUGUGAGGGAGUUUGUGCUGAAGCUAUAGCAAAAUUAUUUUCUGCACAUUGAAGAUUGACUGUAAAACUGUGAUCUAAAUAUCCCACUCAUUCAUUGCAGUGCUUAUCGGAGUGAGAGAAAUUGUCAAUUUCACUUGAAAGGUGAAACUUUCUUUUCAUUCUCUUAAGGUGUAAUCCAAAUAUUUUGGAAUACACCUUAAGAGAAUGAAAUAUCCAAAUUUUACUAUGUGUUUUGACAAAAAAAAAAGGUUCAAACCAUCUAAAUGUCCAGUCUGGGGGCCUUUUAGUCUUACUUGACCUGUUAAUAAAUUGUAUGCUGGAAAUAGUCUAAAUGGAAACUUCCAUUAUUAGAUAUGUUUAAAACAAUAUGUAAGCAUCUUGUUUUAUUUUUCCAUCUAAAUAAUUGUUUUCCUCUAUAGGCAUCAUGUAUGUCAUUGUUUGCUAACAAUAGAAUGUUUUUUCAUUUUAUGUAUGGCUCAGAUUUUACUGUCAUUGAAGUAGCUCAUGGGUAUUUGACAUUGUGCUCAUCUAGUAGACCCACCCAAUGUGUGAAACUUAAUUGUUUGCCUUCUUAAAACUGCUGCUUUCACAUUUGAUUGCACUCGCUUUCAGCUCCAAAUACUCCUGCUGUCUUUGGUCUGUGCUUCGUCAGCACUAUAAUGUAGCCCUAUAUGAAAAAAAAAAAAUCCAUGACUUCCAAGACGUGCACAAAGCGAUACAUUCAAGUCUGUAAAACUGACCCAGAAAUGUCUGAUAAUCUACAGCACUUAAUUUUUAUAAUUCCAGCCAGGGAUUGUAAUAAUUGUGUGGUGUGAGAGCUUGAAUAGUGCCUGAUUUAUUAAUUACCCUUAAUUUAUAUUAUUCUAUAUUUUACAAAAUAUUGGAGGCUUUUUUUUUUGUUUGAGGGGGCUUGUCUGUAGUCUUGCAACACUAAUUGUUUCCCACAGUGGCACUUUUAAAAGGGGAUCCAAGCUGUGUCAACCUUUCUCUGCUGUGUCAUACUUUCUCUGCUGCAGUUCAAUUUCUGACCAUACAGUCUCACCCAGCCUACACGUAUGAAGAUUGCACAAAGUGACUGAUAUGGAGUCAGGGUUCUGCAAGAUUCUUUUUUUUUUUUUCUGUCAGCUGUAAAAUGGAUUUUGAUUGCUGAUGUACAGGUAGCUGCUGGAGGACGAGCAGAAGAGACUGUUUGACAAAAAAAAAAGCACUCAGAUACUUCUUGUGCUGCACAGCCUGCCUUUAAAAAUAUUUGUCAAACAAAAAUAAAUGAAUGUAAAUCAAA